GUCUGGUGGAAAUGAUACCAGAGGCAGUGACCCUGGCAAAGAUUCAUAAAGAGUGGGGUCUGGGUGGAAGCCUCCGAGAGGAUACUCUGGAGAAAUGGUUUCACAUGUUUAACAGAACUAAGGAAGACUACGAGAAGGCUGUGAUGAACUUCCUGCACUCGUGUGCCGGGUGGUGUGUUGCCACCUUCAUCCUGGGCAUCUGCGACCGCCACAAUGACAAUAUCAUGCUGAAAAAAAGUGGGCACAUGUUCCACAUUGACUUCGGGAAGAUAAUGGGCAAUGCACAGAUGUUUGGAGGUGUUAAAAGGGACCGGUCUCCCUUCAUCUUUACAUCUGAGAUGCACCACUUCAUCACUGGUGGAGGGCAGAAGCCUCAACGCUUGCAUCGCUUCGUGGAGCUCUGCUGUGAGGCUUACAACAUAAUCAGACAGCGUUCUGCACUCAUACUCGGCUUGUUGGAGCUUAUGCUACAUGCAGGAAUGCCAGAACUGAAGGACUCUAAUGACUUGCAGUACGUCCAGAACAACCUCAGACCUCACGAUACUGACCUGGAGGCCACCUCCUUCUUUACAAAGAAGAUCAAGGAGAGUAUGGACUGUGUUGCAGUCAAGUUUAACUUCCUGGCACACAACAUUGCUCAACCCAAGACAAAGGGCACCCUGCCCCGGGAGAGUGCUCCUGCUCCUGCUAGUAACAUUCAGGAAGCUGUCAUUUUGGGAUACUCUGCCAAGGGAAAAGAUGUG